AUGGAUGAUGUGAAUAGACUCCCAGAGCUUUUAAUCGUUGAACAGGGAGAGGCACGGCGUCGGCAGAAGACGUGUCGAGUAUGCGGUGAUCACGCUACCGGUUAUAACUUCAACGUCAUCACAUGCGAAUCAUGCAAGGCGUUUUUCCGUCGAAACGCUCUCCGGCCAAAGGUUUGUCCCAUUGAUGCGCGAGCACGAUUUUGCCAGAAGUGUCGAUUGCGAAAAUGUUUUGCUGUGAGUUACAGCUAUCGUAUCGCUUUGAGAUCAAUCGAUCAUCGAUCUCGACUGUUACUGUACAAUAGUUACGACGACGAAAAAAUUCCCGACUCAACAAUAUGGCCAACCAACAGAGGCAAAAACAGGUUCGUUUCGUACAGUACUGCCGAUGAAUCUUAUGAGGGGACGUUCCAUCGACAAGUUCGUUCUGAAGAAACCAAAAUGCAUAUAAUUUAA